UUAACCCCUCCUCCAACGUUUCGACAAUCACGAUUGAGGAGUCUCUCUCUUUUUCGCUUCUUCUUCUUCUUUACUUUCUCUCUCUCCAAACUUUACAGCAUAUUGUUUUUUCUCUUGUUCAUUUCAGUCCUUUUUAUCUGGCAAUAUCUUUCGCAAUCUCUGCUCAAUCCUCUUCUCUAUCCCACUAAUUUUCUUCCCACAAGAGUUUUGAACAGCCCGUUGUUUUCUCUUCACGUUUCUUAAGAAUUCGGAGUUUCUAAGGAUUUUUUGUUUUUCGGGUUUGUUUUGGGUGUAGAGUCAAGGGAAGAAUUAAAAACAUUGUGUGAUUUUCGAAACAAGUUUUUUUUUUUAAAAGGGAUUUGAGGUUUUUUUGGGUUUUGGGUUUGGGUUUUGUCUGAGAAAUGGUGGUGAAGAUGAUGAGAUGGCGGCCGUGGCCGCCUCUUGUGACGAAGAAGUGCGAGGUGAAACUGGUAGUACGAAGGAUGGAGGGUUGGGAUCUGGUGCGGGAAGGUGUUGAAAAGAUGGAAGAAGAAAGAUUAGCAGUCGAGAUUCGUUGGAAGGGUCCCAAAUUGGCCUUGAGUACUUUGAGAAGAAGGGUCAAGAGGAACUUCACCAGAGAAGCUCAACUAAAUCCAAGCGAAAACGAAAGCCAAAACGGUGUCGUUUUGUGGGACGAAGAGUUUCAGUCUCUGUGUACUUUCUCUGCUUAUAAAGAGAAUGUUUUUCAUCCUUGGGAGAUCGGUUUCAGAGUCUUCAAUGGCUUGAACCAGGGGCCUAAAAGCAAGGUUUCCGCCGUGGCAACCGCGACACUAAACCUUGCAGAGUUUGCUGCUUCAGCUGGAGAAAGGGAGAUUGAGUUUAACUUGCCUCUUACUCUCUCUUCUGGUGCUGCCGAGUCACAUCUCCUGCUCUGUAUAUCUCUGAGCUUGCUGGAGCUGAGAAUGGCUCAAGACACCACUGAGCCAGUGCAGACAGCCAUAGUGCCUGUUGCAUCACCAUCUCUGCAGUCAGGAGAAUCUUCUCCGACUGAGAAGGAUGAACUUUCUGCAAUUAAAGCUGGUCUGAGAAAAGUUAAGAUUUUUACGGAGUAUGUGUCUACCAGGAAAGCAAAGAAGGCCUGCCGGGAGGAAGAGUGUAGUGAGGGCAGGUGCUCUGCACGAAGUGAGGAUGGAGAAUAUAGCUACCCGUUUGACUCUGACUCACUUGAAGAUUUUGAGGAAGGAGAAUCAGAUGAGGGCAAGGAGGAAGCCAGUGUUAGGAAGUCGUUUAGUUAUAGCCCACUGGCUUAUGCUAAUUGUGCCAGAGGAUCAUUUGACUCAAGUAUGAGGAUAUAUGGUGAAGAUGAGGAUUGGGUGUAUUAUAGCAAGUGCAAGUCUGAUGCUGGUUGCUCACAUCCUGAAGAUCCAUUAGUAUCAGUCGCUGAGCCAUCUUUGUUGCAAAGUUCAAAGCGCAGCCUACUGUCCUGGAGGAAGAGAAAGCUAAGCUUCAGAUCUCCUAAAUCCAAAGGAGAACCACUGUUAAAGAAGGGUUAUGGGGAAGAAGGUGGGGAUGACAUUGAUUUCGAUCGUCGGCAGCUUAGCUCUGAUGAAUCUUUUUCUUAUGCGAUACUCAAAACAGAUGAUGAUUUAUCUGCAAAUCGAUCUUCAGUUUCUGAAUUUGGGGAUGACAAUUUUGCCAUAGGAAGUUGGGAGCACAAAGAAAUUAUAAGCCGUGAUGGUCAAAUGAAGCUUCAAAGUGAGGUCUUCUUUGCUUCAAUUGAUCAGCGGAGUGAGAGAGCAGCAGGUGAGAGUGCUUGUACAGCCCUUGUUGCUGUAAUAGCUGAUUGGUUCCAGAACAACUGUGGGCUUAUGCCUAUCAAGUCCCAAUUUGAUAGUCUAAUCAGAGAUGGUUCGUUGGAAUGGAGGAACCUUUGUGAGAACGAAACCUAUAGGGAGAGGUUUCCUGACAAGCACUUUGAUCUUGAAACAGUCCUCCAAGCAAAAGUACGCCCUCUUGGUGUGAUAUCAGGAAAGUCAUUUGUUGGGUUUUUUCAUCCAGAGGGAAUGGAUGAGGGAAGAUUUGACUUUUUGCAUGGUGCAAUGUCGUUUGAUAACAUUUGGGAUGAGAUUAGCUGUGCAGGAUCAGAAAGUCCAAGAAAUGACGAACCUCACAUAUAUAUUGUUAGCUGGAAUGAUCAUUUUUUUGUUCUCAAGAUUGAACCAGAAGCUUACUACAUAAUUGACACAUUAGGGGAGAGGCUUUAUGAGGGAUGCAAUCAGGCUUAUAUUUUGAAAUUCGACUACAAUAGUGUUAUUCAUAAACUACCAAAUGUUUGUCAAUCAAAUGAUGAAAAACCAGUGGGUGAUCAGCAGAUUACUGCAUCAACAUCAGAGCCAAAUAACCAGCCGGUCCAGCAGGUCAAUGCAAAGGAGGAAGGUUCUAUUUCCAGUGAAAUGGUAACCAAGAAUAAGGAACCAGUAAAAAAUGAAGGGGUAGAGGAGAUUGUGUGCCGUGGCAAAGAGGCUUGCAAGGAGUACAUAAAGAGCUUCUUGGCUGCAAUUCCAAUUCGUGAAUUACAGGCAGACAUCAAGAAAGGUUUAAUGGCAUCAACACCUCUUCAUCACCGGCUACAAAUUGAAUUCCACUACACGCAGUUCCUGCAACCCCGACUGGAAACUCCUGCACUGGAACAGAUCACAGCUACACCAGAAUCAGUUGAAGCUCCCACAACAGUUGCAGCCGAGUAGAGACUUAAUGUAAAUUGUAGGAAGUGUUAUUACUCUAACCUCUUUCUUCUUUUUUCCAUUUUUUUUAGGUAUCUUGUGAGAUGUGAAUGGGUUGACAAAGAAGAACCUGUUUGAGCCUUUUUCUUACCAUAGGGAUAUUAUGUUAUGAUGUGAAUGUGUUAACAAAGAGUAAAAGAGAGUUGUUUUUCUUGUAAGCAGUGUUGAAAUGUUACAAAAACUUUUAUUGUCCUCA